AUGGCUACUGAUCGAUUGACUCGUGUUCAUAGUCUCCGAGAGAGGCUUGAUGAAACCUUGACGGCUAAUAGGAAUGAAAUUUUAGCUCUUCUUUCGAGGCUUGAAGCAAAGGGAAAGGGAAUUUUGCAGCACCACCAAGUGAUUGCUGAGUUUGAAGAAAUUCCUGAAGAGAAUAGACAGAAGCUGACUGAUGGUGCAUUUGGUGAAGUUCUCAGAUCCACACAGGAAGUUAUAGUUUUGCCACCAUGGGUUGCUCUUGCUGUUCGUCCAAGGCCCGGUGUUUGGGAGUAUCUGAGAGUGAAUGUGCAUGCUCUUGUGGUUGAAAAUUUGCAACCUGCUGAGUUUCUCAAAUUCAAGGAAGAACUUGUUGAUGGCAGUGCUAAUGGUAACUUCGUGCUAGAAUUGGACUUUGAACCAUUUACGGCGUCUUUCCCUCGUCCCACUCUCAACAAAUCAAUUGGAAAUGGUGUACAGUUUCUCAACCGUCACCUUUCUGCUAAACUCUUCCAUGACAAGGAGAGUCUGCAUCCACUUUUGGAAUUUCUCAGACUUCACAGCUACAAGGGAAAGACAUUGAUGUUGAAUGACAGAAUUCAGAACCCUGAUUCUCUUCAACAUGUUCUGAGAAAGGCUGAAGAGUAUCUAGGCACAGUUGCUCCUGAAACACCAUACUCCGAAUUUGAGCACAGGUUCCAGGAGAUUGGUUUGGAGAGAGGUUGGGGAGACACCGCAGAGCGCGUGCUCGAGUCCAUUCAGCUUCUAUUGGAUCUUCUUGAGGCUCCUGAUCCUUGCACUCUUGAGACUUUCCUUGACAGAAUCCCUAUGGUGUUUAAUGUUGUCAUUCUUUCUCCUCACGGUUACUUUGCUCAAGAUGAUGUCUUGGGAUACCCUGAUACCGGUGGUCAGGUUGUUUACAUUUUGGAUCAAGUUCGUGCCUUGGAGAGCGAGAUGCUCAAUCGCAUUAAGAAACAAGGCUUGGAUAUCGUUCCACGCAUUCUCAUUAUCACUCGUCUUCUCCCAGAUGCAGUCGGAACUACCUGUGGCCAACGACUCGAGAAGGUCUACGGAACCGAGCAUUGCCACAUUCUUCGAGUUCCCUUCAGAGAUCAGAAGGGAAUUGUUCGCAAGUGGAUCUCACGAUUCGAAGUCUGGCCAUAUCUAGAAACCUACACCGAGGAUGUUGCUCAUGAGCUUGCCAAAGAGUUGCAAGGCAAACCAGAUCUGAUUGUUGGAAACUACAGUGAUGGAAACAUUGUUGCUUCUUUGUUGGCACACAAAUUAGGUGUCACUCAGUGUACCAUUGCUCAUGCACUAGAGAAGACUAAGUAUCCUGAAUCUGAUAUUUACUGGAAAAAAUUCGAAGAAAAGUAUCACUUCUCCUGCCAAUUUACCGCUGAUCUUUUUGCGAUGAACCACACAGAUUUCAUCAUCACAAGUACCUUCCAAGAGAUUGCUGGAAGCAAGGAUACUGUUGGACAGUAUGAGAGUCACACCGCCUUCACUCUUCCGGGACUCUACCGUGUCGUGCACGGUAUCGACGUGUUUGAUCCUAAGUUCAAUAUUGUGUCUCCGGGAGCUGAUCAGACCAUUUAUUUCCCUUACACUGAAACUAGCCGCAGGUUGACAUCGUUCUACCCUGAAAUUGAAGAGCUUCUUUAUAGCACAGUGGAAAACGAAGAGCACAUAUGUGUGCUCAAGGACCGCAGCAAGCCGAUUAUCUUCACCAUGGCAAGGUUGGACCGUGUGAAGAACAUUACAGGACUUGUUGAGUGGUACGGAAAGAAUGCCAAGCUUCGUGAGUUGGUGAACCUCGUUGUUGUUGCCGGAGACAGGAGGAAGGAGUCAAAGGACUUGGAAGAGAAAGCUGAGAUGAAGAAGAUGUAUGAACUAAUCGAGACCUACAAGUUGAAUGGCCAAUUCAGAUGGAUUUCAUCUCAGAUGAACCGUGUCAGAAACGGAGAGCUCUACCGUGUAAUCUGCGACACAAAAGGAGCUUUCGUGCAGCCUGCUGUGUACGAAGCCUUCGGUCUUACCGUCGUUGAGGCCAUGGCUACCGGAUUACCAACAUUUGCAACACUCAAUGGUGGACCUGCUGAGAUCAUUGUCCAUGGAAAGUCUGGAUUCCACAUCGAUCCAUACCAUGGCGACCGCGCUGCUGAUCUCCUAGUCGAAUUCUUCGAGAAAGUUAAGGCUGAUCCAUCUCACUGGGACAAGAUCUCUCAUGGUGGUCUCCAACGUAUUGAAGAGAAGUACACAUGGCAAAUUUACUCUCAGAGGCUUCUUACUCUCACUGGUGUCUAUGGUUUCUGGAAACACGUUUCUAACCUCGACCGUCUCGAGAGCCGCCGCUAUCUCGAGAUGUUCUAUGCUCUCAAGUACCGCAAAUUGGCUGAGUCUGUGCCUCUAGCUGUUGAGGAGUGA